AUGGAGGCACAGAAGCACCUGCGAGCGCACACAGGUGCCAGCGCCAGCGUUUCAGCCCCAGUCCCGCCAGCGGCUGGAAGCACUGCGGCCCCUCCAGGAGCAGAGUCCACUAUCGACCAAAGUGAGGGCAUCAGCCGUGAGCCGAGCCAGGGGCUUUUCAUCCUGGAGCUGAAGCACAGCGACGACAAGCAGAAUUUUAUCUACUCAUCAGAUGGCAUGCAGGUUAUCGACGUCUGCAAGAAGGUCCUGGAGCAAGGGCUUCAGAGCCUCGCAGAUGUUCCGCAAUUGGAUGCAUUGGUGGUACCACAGCUCUUCCGCACGGUGGUCCACAAGCAGGUGCUCAGCACCGUGGACGCCACCGAACCCUGGGUCGUCCAGAGACGGGAUGUCCUCGUGGGGAAGCUGGAGCGGACCCUGCCGGCUCUCUCUGAGUUCCUUCAGCUGUUUGAGCCUUAUGAAAGUUUGCUUCGACUGGACCCUGCUGAAUACGUCAAGGAGAAGUCUGCGGCAGAGAUCUCUACAGACGAGACCAAGCAGUUCAUUCUGGAGCACAUGGACGAAGAGCAGAAGGUGUUGGAUGCCAUCCCAGACACUACGGUGGUGGGGCUCUUCGAGAUCCACUGCUCUGAGAUCCGAAAGGUCUUAGCGAGUCGUCACCGAAAGAUCGUGGAGCUGUUGGAAGAGAUGCUGCUGAACCGUUUUCGGGACAGUGCUCAAGAAGUCGCGGACAUGUUCCAAGGCAUCUUUGCCCAGCUGCGCAAGGCGCCGAAGAACAUCGAGCAAUCCACCGAGCUUCGCGAGUUCAUGAGUGGAGUUCCCGGAGAGGUUUCCAAGGCUGCUCCAGACAUCAACAAGUGCAUACAGAUCUACACCGUCUUGGAGGGCUUUGCCGUGAAACUCACGAAUGAUGAUGCCUACCAGCGCUGGCGAGUCUUCGGUUGCCCAAAGCAGACUUUCGACCUCAUGGGGCAGGUGGAACACGAGCUGGUCAAAGCCGAAAAGGGCUACCUGAAGGAGAUGCAGCAGGAGCAGUCUGACUUCGAUGAGAACCUGGUUGAUCUGGCCGGCAUUGUGGACACUUUCGCGCAGUACUCCAGCCUGGCCAACAUCAAGGAGAUCUAUGAGAAUGUAGUCAGCGUCAACGAUCGCCUACGGGAGGCUUCGUCCCAGGCGAAGCUGUUCAACUCCCGUGAGGCGCUGUUCGGACAAGAGUCCUCCGACUACACACACCUGCAGCAGCUUCAGAAGGAAUGGGAGCCCUUCUCCCAGCUUUGGGUCACAGCGUACCAUUGGCUUGAAGAUUCCGAAAAGUGGAUGAAUGGCCCAUUCCACGAGAUUGAUGCCAAGUAUUGUGAGCAGUCUGUCACGACAGGAGCGAAGACCCUGUUCAAGACAGUGAAAGGGCUCGAAAAGAGGGAGGACGCCGGCAAAGUCUUGCAAAUCGCAAGAGACAUCAAGGGCCAGAUCGAUGCCUUCCAGCCUUACGUGCCCAUUGUCACAGGCCUACGCAAUCCGGGCAUGCGGGAGCGGCAUUGGACGCAGGUCAGCGAGCUGGUCGGGAACGAAGUGAAUCCCAACAUGGAGGAGUUCGCACUGAAGUCCUUCAUUUCUUUGGGCAUGCUGGACCACGUGUCUACGAUCAGUGACAUUGGCGAUCGCAGCGGCAAGGAGCUGUCGAUUGAGACGCAACUAACAAAUAUGAUGAGAGCGUGGGACAGCAUGAAAUUUGACUGCAGUGAGCCAUACCGCACCACGGAGACCUACAUCUUGAAAGGAGCUGACGAGGUAAUUGCUUUGAUCGACGAGCAGAUCGUGGUGACACAGGCAAUGCAGUUUUCUCCUUUCAACAAGCCGUUCAAGGACGAAAUCGAUGCUUGGGCUGAGAAGCUCCUGUACAUGUCGGAGUGUCUCGACGGCUGGCUCAAGGUGCAACGUGCCUGGAUGUACCUGCAGCCCAUCUUCGACUCCCCUGACAUCAUGAAGCAGCUGCCGACGGAAGGAAAGAAGUUCCGCCUCGUGGACAGCAAGUGGCGGCAGACCAUGGCGCGGCUGCAUCAAAACUCGGCGGCCCUUCAGGCCUGCUCCAUGGAAGGUCUUCUGGAAAUCUGGAACAACGCAAACGCUGACCUCGACAUGGUCCAGAAAGGCCUCGAUGACUACCUGGAGACCAAGCGGGGUGCCUUUGCACGCUUCUACUUCCUGUCCAAUGCACGCAUCCCAGCGCCGGCAGUGCUUGACUGCCUCGUGCGACUAGGCCACUGA